AGCGCCACCGCUCUUCCUGGUUCUAAAGUCUCCCCAACGGCCGGCGGGCCCCGCGACCGCAACAGUCUGCCCAGACCGCGAAGAUGCAGGUCGUGAUGCCCCGAACCCUCGUCCUGCUGCUGUCGGGGGUCCUGGCCGUGACCGAGACCUGGGCGGGCUCCCACUCCUUGAGGUAUUUGUCCAUCGCCGUGUCCCGGCCCGGCCGCGGGGAGCCCCGCUUCAUCAUCGUCGGCUACGUGGACGAUACGCAGUUCGUGCGGUUCGACAGCGACUCUGUCAGUCCGAGGAUGGAGCCGCGGGCGCCGUGGAUGGAGCGGGAGGGGCCGGAGUACUGGGACCUGGAGACGCAGAUCGCCAAGAACAACGCACAGAGUUUCCGAGGGAGUCUGAACAUCCUGCGCGGCUACUACAACCAGAGCGAGGCCGGUGAGCGAC